AAUUUUACAGCAUGUCUGUCGCGUUACACAGUCCCAAAACAUUUCAUCGCUUCAAAGAUUUUCCAACCGAAAUACAAGAUUGACGAAGAGAUUGAGAAUCUCACAGAGGGUCGCAUCAUCAAGGUCAUGCAGCGGAAAUUACAGCAGACCAUUCGGCGAUGGCAGGAGAUUAAUGAAGAUUCUCAAUCGAUUACAGACCCCUUGUCACGAGCUAUGGAGCCUUUUCGAAAUAUCAAUUCUGAUGCCAUGAUACCUCCCCUCGAACAGAGAACGCUUGAUCGCGGAUUGAACUGCCAUAUGAAAGAACCAUCACUGAUUUACGGGCUAGAUGGUGGGAGACGGAAAGAUUGGGAAAAGGUCAAAUUCUUAGCCAUAGAACUCCCGGUUGACUAUUUUACAGGAGUGGGUCGAGAAACCGGAUCGGACAUCGACUUCCAAAUAUUCUUAUCGAUUAAUUUCUGUUAUUUCACUGGUCUGAAGCAAUUUACCGUAGUAUAUUAUGACUACUCUGGACAAAAUGAUGACGACAAUCUGACUUUUUUUGAGCCAAUCUGUCUUGAAGACGCAGUUUCAGUUUUGCGUCGGGGAUUUGCUGAAAUCUUACAAGAAUUCGAAAGCUACAAUCACCCUCUGGCUCCAAGACUUAUACACUAUGAUUAUCUUAAAUAUCUACUUCGAACAUAUUCGACAUAUGUAAGAAGUGUAGAACGAGAUACAGGAGCGCCUUUUAAAGCUCCGGCGGACGAAUCAUUGUUCAUAAAGGUUGUUAUCGGACCUAGCUGUCAGAGAAUCUUGGAGAAUGCACGCCAAGAUUACCUUAGAAGACAUAGGGAGAUGAAGGGACGAGCAGAAACAUCAUUGCCAAAGCUUGAUGAAAUACAUGCUAGAGAGUCGAACAUGAGUCUUGAUAUACAUCCAUAUUAA